AAUUCAGUAAGGCAGAUCAAGAGAAACAGACCCAACAUGAUUUGAUCAGAUGGCUGCUGGUCCAAUAUUACCUGCAUAACUGAACCUACCUAUUAGGUUAGCAUGCAUAGUACAGAUGUGUUAGGAUAUGUUGCAAUUUAGACCAAGAGCCAAGCCUUCGCCAUUGUCCUUUUACAGGGACAUACCAGGAGGGAACUAUGGGCUUAGCAAUAACAGAAUUUGUAAUUCAAGAGAUUCGAAUUUCCAAUGGAAGACAGAAGCUAGUUUUAUAUACUACAUUGAAGAUGAAGAUGAUGAUGUAGAGGAGCAAAAAUGGUCAGAAAGAGAAGAACAAAGGUUGGAUUUAUGGAAGAGUCAAUGUCUUGCAGCACAACUAGACCGUAGUAACUAUGAAGAUUAUGCGGAAAGCCACACAUUUUCACCCUCUUUUUUUGGAAAUAAGAAAAAAGAUUUGCUGAGCAUCAAUGUGGGUGGAACAAGCUAUCAAAUCUCCUACAUGGUGGCAGCCAGUUAUCCCAAAACUCGGAUAGGUCGCUUGGCUACAUAUACAGAUCGUCAGCGAAAGCUAGAUCUCUGCGAUGACUACAAUGCAAGAGAAGAUGUCUAUUUCUUUGACCGUGACCCCGCUGUAUUUCACCACAUAUAUAACUUCUAUCGUACUGGAGUUUUAUGGAUAAGGGAUGAGCUGUGUCCCAGAAGUUUCCUGGAGGAGAUCAACUACUGGGGAAUAAGAAUUAAACACACUCCCCGCUGUUGUCGAAUUUUAUUUGAAGAGAGACAGGAUGAGUUAAACGAGCAACUGAAGGUGCAGAGAGAGCUCAGAGCUGAGAUGGAGACAGAGGAAAAUGAGGAGUUCUUCAGAGGAAUGCUGUAUGGGAAUCUAAGGCGAAGAAUAUGGAAUCUGAUGGAGAAACCAUUUUCAUCAAUAACAGCCAAGGCGAUGGCAGUAGCAUCCAGUUUCUUUGUCCUUAUAUCCGUUGUGGCCAUGACACUUAACACCGUUGAAGACAUGCAGUAUAAGAAUGCUUCUGGUCUCCCCAGUGGAAGGCCCUAUCUGGAACAUGUAGAGACCCUAUGUAUUGCCUUUUUUACUCUGGAGUAUAUAUUAAGACUUAUCUCCACUCCCGACCCACAACGCUUUGUGCGCAGCGCCCUUAAUGCUGUGGACCUGAUUGCCAUUUUACCGCUCUAUUUACAGCUGCUUCUUGAGAAGUUUACUGAUGAAGACCAAAAUGGAAAACAUUCUAGUCAUGAACAAGAGAUUGAAGCAGUGGGUAGGGUUGGAAAACUAGGACAAGUGCUAAGAAUUAUGAGGCUCAUGCGUAUUUUCCGGAUCCUAAAAUUAGCACGUCAUUCUACUGGCCUUCGAGCAUUUGGCUUCACUCUUCGCCAGUGUUAUCAGCAGGUGGGAUGUCUGCUCCUUUUUAUUGCCAUGGGAAUUUUCUCUUUUUCGGCAAUGGUGUAUACAGUGGAGCAUGAUGUCUCUGGCACCAACUUUACCAGCAUCCCUCAUGCAUGGUGGUGGGCAGCAGUCAGCAUCUCCACCGUGGGUUAUGGAGACACAUACCCAGAAACCCCUCUUGGACGACUCUUUGCCUUUCUCUGUAUUGCUUUUGGAAUCAUUCUAAAUGGGAUGCCAAUCUCCAUCCUUUAUAACAAGUUCUCAGAUUAUUACAGCAAACUGAAAUCUUAUGAAUACACAACAAUUCAAAAGAAAAGAGGAAACGUUAAUUUUACUGGCAGAGCCAUGCAGAAGAUUUCAGAGUGUUACGGUGGAGUAUCAACACAGGAACGUCCUGGGCACAGACAUUAACGACAGUCUCCAGCAAAUUUGGGAGGGAGGGACUAGGGUAAAAUGAAUGCCCGAGUAAUAUAAAAUAAGUAAUUCUACUGGAGUAACAAUAGCGUUAAUAAACAUGCCAUUCAAAAUGAUCUACAGAUAAUAAAGUCUAUUCAAUAAUGAACCCUCACAACGUCAUAGCCCCAAAUGUCAAACUUACUUGUUCACCCAAUGUAUAGCUUUACGGAACAUGUUGGUGUUUAAUAAAUUAUAACAAUUCACAGUCUGUGCUGAUCACUAUUUAUAACAAGCAGAUACUGCUGUUUAUACACCCAAUGUCUACAAGGCCUUCAUUUAUUAUAUGAAAAAAACACUGAAUAAAUGUACUUAUGCAGAUUUGUGUCUAAAGCUGUAAAUCAGCUUGACAUAAAAUCAUUAAUUUGACAUACCACGCCAUCCAAACCUCUAGUAGUCAACAUUAACACAUUAAAGAG